AUGCACGUGGUAUCUGCCGUGCCCUGUGGGGGAGACAGGGUAGAGAUUGAGUGCCCGGGAGCUGACCUGCAGCCUGUCAGGAUCCUGGACAAGCAGCUGCAGGCCGCGCGGUGGCGCUGCGGCCCCGCCGAGGCCGGGGACUUUCGCAGGCGAGUGGGGGCGCGCAGGCCCUUGUGGACCCCGACAGCGGCGGCGACGCGCAGGGCGGCCGUGGCUCUCCCACCCGUCACCCUGGCCCUUCUCUGCUUGGACGGUGUUUUCCUCUCCUCGGCCGAGAAUGACUUUGUCCACCGGGUCCAGGAGGAACUGGACCGUUUCCUGCUGCAGAAGCAGCUGUCAAAGGUUCUUCUUUUCCCCCCACUCUCCAGCCGCCUGCGGUAUCUGAUUCACAGAACAGCAGAGAAUUUUGAUCUCUUGAGCAGCUUCUCUGUUGGGGAGGGCUGGAAGAGGAGGACUGUGAUCUGUCACCAGGACAUCAGGAUACCCAUUUCAGAUGGUCCCUCUGGCCCUUGCCACACUUCUGCCUCCCACCCCAAAAAGUACCCUGGUCCUCGGCCCACCUCAAACCAGGCAGCGGCUGCUGGCUCCCGAGGUGUGCGGGCUGGCCGAUGGCAUCGAGGACGCAAGCCGGACCAGCCUCUGUAUGUGCCCCGGGUGCGGCGCAGGCAAGAAGAAUGUGCAGCUACCUCUACUCCAGUGGUCCAGGAAGAAAUCCCAGCUGGUGGGGUCUCUGAAGAGCCUGGAGAUGCUGGUGCUGGGGACCCUGACACCCUUCAGGGACUCACCGUGUUGAUGACUCAGGGAACAGAGGACCUGAAGGACCCAGGUCAAAGUUGUGAGAAUGAGCCACUGCUGGAGCCAGUUGGCACCGAGCCUCCAGGACCCGAGAGUCCAGCAGGGAAGGGAUGCGGGGUGGAGGCUGCCACACAGCUUGGGUCGAGCCAGCAGCCCGCCCUGGAAGAGGGGAAUGGGAGUCAACUGGAGCAGAGCCCGGUGGAGGAGGAGGCGGAGGAGAAGGAGGAGGAGGAGGAGGAGGAGGAAGAGGAGGAGCCUGGCAGCUGCUCCGAGGAGGAUUGCAGUGAGCUGCUGCGGGAGAUCACAGACAAGCUGACUGAGAAGGAGAUUCAGAUCGAGAGGAUCCACCUGGACACGGCCUCCUUCGCAGAGGAGCUGCCAGGGAAGGAAUUUGCCCACGUGGUGGAGAUCUAUGACUUUGAACCAGAGCUCAAGACUGAGGACUUAAUGGCGACAUUUUCUGAGUUCCAGGAGAAGGGGUUCAAGAUUCAGUGGGUGGAUGACACUCAUGCACUUGGCAUCUUUCCUUGCCUGGCCUCAGCUGCCGACGCCCUGACCAAGGAGUUCCCCAUGCUCAAGAUCCGGCCUCUCACGCAGGGAACCAAGCAGUCCAAGCUCAAAGCCUUGCAAAGGCCAAAUCCCUGCUCUUUGGGGUAUAGCAGCCAGUGGAACCUUGAUCCUGCCCCAGGGGACCUGGGAGCCAGAGGGCAGUAGCCUUGUAGGGCAUGGAAUCUGCCGGUACUAUGGCAUUUGUCCUCGUGGUGACAGCCUCUUCUGGGCAGUACUCAGGGAGAGGCGUGGCCUUCCUUUCCGAGGGCCAUGGCAACCAUACCUUGCAGGGACGAAAACUGCUUAAGCUUUGGGGUCAGCCCUGAGUGAGACCCUGCUCCGUCACUCAUUCAAGUUGGCCUUAAGGAAGUCCCUUUGUGAGUUUCUUCCUCUGUAAAAUAAGCAGAUUACAUGUGAUGGACUGGAGGGUUGACUCAAAGAGCACACAGACCUGCCUAGAGCCAAGAGGGGCACGAAGAAAGUUCCAAGUAAAUGUUAGUUCCUGCCGUUUUCUCUGGGAGAACACAUGGCUGGGACUUUUAGAUGCCAGUUUUCCAUGACUGCAAAGCAGGCCUAGGGGGAAGGCCAGCUGAGGCCAUCUGUGUUGCGGAUGGUGAUGUGAUCUUUGUCUCAGAUUUCUUGGGAACAAUAAAUAUCCUGUCUCCACCAGACAUCCCAUCCUGACUUGAUGUCUCACCCAAGACCCUACAAACUGGGAAGGUGGGCAGGAUUAACCCCUCCAAUCCCCACUGGUUGCUAAGAGAUGAGAGAUUUGGGUCAGGAUUCCGCAGGGAGCCCGGAACAUGGAGGCCUGGAGACCUGGCCAGCCCGCCUCUCAAGCAGGAGGCUGCCGUGAGCCCAAAUGGGCUCUGGCCCCACACGUGUAAUUAGAUGUCGGCUCACGUGGCUUCCAGGGCUUCUUUGUUGCUGGGAGGAGCAGCCAGUCUUGAAUCCAAGCACCCCCUCUUGGUGGGACCUUCC